AUGCUGUACCCAUUAGCGUGCCGGGGGCUGCGCCUAGGCGUCGGGCUCGUCGUCGCCCUUCCUGUUGACCCCGAGAUCGCUCCCGACGUGUUUUGGAGGAGCCGGCUGCUCCAGCGAGGCGGUUUCUCUCCUGAGCUCACCUGCUUGCCUUGGCGGCGGGUCGAGCUGGAGAGGCCGUCGCCUGUCUUUGUGCGGGCGACGUGCCGACCUGCGAACUGCGCCUCCCAUGACGAGGCAAAGGUGAAGGGUCGGCGGCCGCCGAGUCGAGGGCGUGUGAGGCCCACGACGAACCUCGACCAUCCUGCGCAUAUUUUCAUCUUCAAGCGAGUCAUACGACACAUUUCGGAGGAAAGGAAGACAAGCGACGACCGACCCGAUCAAGGAUAUCCCGGACAGACAGGCAGGCAGGCAGGCAGUUGCGGACGGACAGGCAGCGCGGGGCACGCACACCAGAAGUGUCCAUGUUUCCCUCGGGGACUUGUUCACAUCGGCGGCGUGUCCUCACUGCCCGGUCGUUGCGCACGGGUUUGCGCGACGGAAACCUACUGGCCAUCUCGGAUUGGCGGACCCUGUGCGAGCGGGUCUUGGACGCCCUCAGCGGCGACGGGUGGGUCACGGUCUCGCCCGUUGCGAGCCGUGACCAGCCCGCGCCGGCAACAUCAGAGGACGACGAGCUGCGUCGAGAGACGGGAAGCUCGAGGCGCGAUGCCACAAGAAGCGGCACCCCGCAUCUCGUCGAUGUGA